GCCAUGAAAUCGGCAAGGCCAUCUUCGAUCUUUACACUACAAAGCAUUUCCUCUAGACAGUCAAUUGUUCUAUCCCGGCUUCUCAUUGGUUGCUUGUCCACUGCUAAUAAGGUCCACUAUACUGAGAUAACUUUUAAAACAAUGAAUUUGCUUGGUACAAAAUUUUUGUGGAGGUACAUUUACCCCACUAUAUGAAUCUUUGAGUAUAAAAGAUACUGUUGGGAUUUUUCGUUUUCAGUAUACGAUUUCGGGAAAUUUGAGAAUAAUUAGUAAAUUCUUAAUGACUGAAUCUUAGCUUUUUGACAAUAUUACCGAAAUUUCGGGUGCUCUGAGAUGUUCCAACUUGACAAUUAUUGUUGGUGUUUGAUUUUUGCGACCAUUUUGGAUCAAGUGAUAUGUGUAGAGGACGAAUAUAACACUUUGUACAAGGAUGGUUCUUACGAAUUUGGAUAUACGAAUCCAGAUUCGUACCAUUAUGCUGAUGGUGACAGGAAGAAUGUGGUUAAGGGAGAAUUCGGGGGCAGGAAUCCAAAGACCGGAGCAAUAGAUUCUACAGUAUACACUGCAGGUCCUCGAGGCUAUAGACCUCGAGGUAAGAAUGUGGUUCGGAAAUAUGACCUCAGUCAAAGUGGUCCCAGAGCUAUUGGUUCACCUGAUGACCCUUAUUACGACCCUUACGAAGAUCCCAGUUACAGCUUUUCGGUUAGGACUAGAACUUACAACAGGGAUGAAAAUGCUAAUAGAGUAGGUGACGUAAAUGGUAGAUAUUCCUAUAUUGAUGAUGUAGGGGAAAGACACAAUGUAGAAUUUGUAGCAGGAAAAAAUACGGGUUUCCAUGUAAAGACUCCUUUUCCUGACUCAAAUCCAAGGGCUUAUGGCCCUCUAUAUUUCAACGGAAGAGGAAAGCCCAUACCAAGAGGGAGGACUUCUAUACAAAGAGGAGUAGAUGGAAGUUACAGGUUCGUUUCAGCUGGUCCCGACCAAAGAAGGACCGAAGUGAGCGACUCUACGGGUCACGUAAGGGGUUCUUACACUUACCUCGACGAUAAAGGUGUCCAACACUCGGUACAUUAUAUCGCUGGUCCUGAGACAGGAUACAGGAUCCUCAAACAGGUCAAGGGACCUCAUCUACCUACUGUGUUUCCUUUUGGAAGACCUGAUAUAAUCCCUCCAGAUUUUUAUGAUUAUGACAAAGAUUACAAAGAUGUGUUUGAUACAGCAGCUAGUGGGCAUGUAAGGCCUGGGCAAAGGAAAAAGGGUAGACCUAUAGGAGGCGACAAAACAGACACCCCAGCUUACGACGAUAACGAGGUCGAUGACAAACCACCAUCUGAGGAUAAGCCACAAUUUGGCGAUAAGCCACGAUUCGGUGAUAAGCCACGUAUCGGCGAUAAGCCUCGUUUUGGUGCUAAGCCAAACAAACCUUCAUUUGAUGACGACGGAGAUGAAGACUCUGGUGAUUUUGGUGAUCUAUUUGGAGGAAGUAGCACCGCUUCACCAAGACCUGGUGGAGACAGGGGUGGGGGUUACAAACCAAGCACUUCUAAACCAGCUGAAACUGGUUCCAAAGAAGAUGGUUCUUACAAACCAUCUGGAGAUGAUGGAUCGUAUAAACCUAGCUCAACAACCCCAAGACCUGGAGGUUCUAGUACUCCCAUACCUGAGGGGGCAGGAGGUGGUUACCCUUCAGGACCAAAACCUUCACCUAGCUAUGAAGAUGGAGUUGGUUCCAAUGGUGGCGAUUUUGGUCUAUUCGGAAGUGAGACCAACCACCCUAAGCCUCCAAAGCCAUAUGGAGGUGGUCCAAGCAUCUCUUUGAGACCUUAUGAUGGAAGGUGUCCCAAAUGCGAUGAUACGAUCAUUACGAACCUUGGAGAUAGUUAUUUCCAGGUACCUCCAGGGGUGUCGGUUAGAGCUCAUGUUCAAGCUAUAGAUUUGGUGCCUCUUACUCCUAAGGUACCCUCACCGAGUGAACAAUACAGAGUCGAUCUCUCGCGAAGCAGAGAACAACUAAACGCACCAGAAGACAGCAUAGUUAAAAGAGAUGAGCCUGAUAGUUAUACUUCCUCGACAACAGAAAAUAUCCAGACAACCACAGUUAUAACAACUACUUUAUCGAAUAAUGACAAUUCUACUGUCACAUCGUGAAUAAAAAAAUAAAAUCUCAGCCACAAUAUUUACCUUUUAUAAUGUACAGUGUUAUUAUUUGGUCAUUACAUAUAACGGGCAAUGCGUACCUAGAGGAUGUACAAAAAAAUAAAAAACCUAAUCCCAUAUUCAACUGCCAGUAAAGCUAUGCUUACAAUAACUGAAUUGGUGUUUGUCUUAUACAAAUCAAAAUACGCAUCAAGUAAAGGAACUACUUAAUUUAAAUCUACAAUCUAUUCUAUAAUCUAAUUUUAUUCAUUUUUACUUCUGAAACAAAGUAUGAAACCGGCACGAUUCAAGCAGAAAAAUUGUAGAUAGUUCAGCUAAAAUUAAUUCGAUCUUAAAUAACAUAUUUCAACACUCUUGAAUUUUGUGUAUUAGAUUACCCAAGUUGUUGUUUAUGAAUAUAUUUAUUGUUUAAAAU